GAGCGUCGCGGUGCUAGUCCUCACCCAACCCUCGCGCUGUGUGGACGUAUUCCUCUACCUCUUCCCCAGUGAGACACCCCUUCAAGUGCCCUUCUUCAUCAUGAGGAUCCUGGCAGGACUACUGGUGUGCGUGGCCCUAGCGGCUGCCAUCCCGGACCCCCAAGGAAGCCUCUUCCGAGGUCGGAAGAUCGGAGGACGGCUGUCGACCAACAACCGUCGGGACAACACCUUCGGGGAAGAAAAACCGACGAGGACCCGACAGCAAUCCAACACCCCAGUGACACCCGCACCAGUGACCCUGGCACCCAAGAUCAACAUCCCCAGCUCCUCCUGCAACGAGAACGUGUGCGAACCUGGGUACACCAAAUUCCAAAACCAGUGUUACAAGGUGCUCAAGACGGAGUCCCCUAUCGACUUCUCUUCUGCACAGAGACAGUGUCAGGGUGACGGGGCGGCGCUGGCCACCGACAAGACCCCACAGGUCCACAACUUCCUCAAGGGGCUCCUCAAACCUCACCUGUCAGAGACCAUCGACUCCCAGUACCGCCGCGCCUUCAUCGGUCUCAUGUGCCAGAACGGCUGUGACUCCCCAGGCAACUGGCUGUACGCUGACGGUACCAAGUGCGAGGGCAACCACUUCUGUGAUUGGCUCACAAUCGGCUCCACCAACGAAUGGAACGCCUUACCCACCAGCCUGUACGGCCCCUCCAUCGCUGCUAUGCUCGACGACUUCCCCGACACUUCCUACCGCUACAAGCUCCAGCCCUACCCUGCUGACCAUACCCUCCAGUACAUGAUCUGCGAGAAGGAGGCCGACAGCACUGAGCACCUGAAGCCCCGUCAGCUGACCGUAAACGAGCGCGUCUCCAACGUUGUCCUCCAGUGGCGUAGACCAGCAUGCAGUGGAGAAAUCUCCUCCUACAUCCUUGUUCUCCUGGGCGGAACAGUCUCCUAUGACACCGAGAUGAGGUGUACCGAGGAUCAAUGUUCCUUCACCCUGAACCCUGAGGCGUGCCAAUAUUGUAUCCAUCCCAACACUGACUACACCUUCAGCGUGGCCGCCGUCCUGUCCGAGUCCCAGCUGGGUCCUGCCAUCACCAUCAACAAGAAAAUCGAUGUGGAGACUUGCCCCAACUUCGAGACGCCCUUCCACACCAUCUCUACCUGUCGGGGUGUGUCUGAGGUUGUCCACGAUGGCUCCUGCGAGAACAAGAUCACUUGGAGCAAGGGAUCCAUGUGUGACGCCGUGUGUGAGAUAGGAUAUGGUUUCUUCGACGAGCCGGCCCCCAAGUACUCCUGUGACGCCGGAGGUGUGUGGGCCCCAGCCGGCAAGGCUCCCGAGUGUUACGAGAUCGUACCCGUGUUCUCAGCCAACCUGCAGUUCAAGAUCACCUACAAGCGCGCCAGCAUCGAGACUCUCCAGCACCAGUUCGAUGGCCUCGUCUACAAGUACAACGAUAUCUUCUGUCCUUACCCCGAGGAGUGCGGCAUUGGCGACCUGCAGAUCAAGAGCGCUCUUGAUGAAGAGGGCAACAAGAUGAGCGAGGUCAUCAUCACCAUCGACACCCCCGUCUAUAAUAUCACCGACCAGUCUGGCUUCAUCGACCUGGUACGGGAAGCUGUCCUCACUGUCACCGAUGAUAACGCCUUCAUGACCCUCAUCGAUUACGACAACAUCGCCCUCGUCCUGCCGAUGAACACGGACAGCACCUUCAAGGCCAAACCCCAACUCUGCUGCCACUCCUGCCCAGAUGAUCAUGCAUACAGGCUCGGCAACUGCGUCCAAUGCCCGACUCCAGGGUGUGUGUAGGGAACCGCCACCCCCCUAUAGCUCCACCCCCUACAGUACCUCAACCACUCGUGUGCUUCCCAGCGCUUUCGUGUAGCCAAACAAUGUGACUUCCAGCACUUGAGUCUGCCUGGUGCUUAACUGCGCCUGUAAUUGGUGGAAGCACUUCGACCAAUCAGCUGUCUCAUUCCUCGAUAUUGAGAAGCUGAUCUACCCCAAGAAACAACUGGUGCAUCUGUCUUCUCUUCCCGUGUAACAAGACCUGCCCGGCGGCACAGUGUUUCUCUACAAUAAUUAUAAGAAAAACAUCAAACUAAGCCCGGUGAUCCUCUAAACUAAACCUUCACAACCGGUGAUUUUAGCUCAAUCCCUUUGGUAAAUUUUCAAAGAUAUUAGAUAUUUAUUUGAUUGAAAUUAAUUGGAAGACUUGAAUAAACCAUGGAGGUAGAUUAUUUUUAUAUACAUAUAUAUAUAGGGUUUAAGUUAAAGAAUUAAGCCAAAAUAAAACCGUCCAUAUUAGAUAAAAAAAAACUUAGACACUUGCUAUGUUGUCCUUCAGUAGUUGUACCAUGGCAAGGAUACACUCUUAUCUUUUCCCCCAUUGACACUGUUUGUAUGUGUUUUAACUCCCAUAAGUUUCCCUUUUCAUGUUUUUUCUUCCAUUUUAUGUCCUUUUACUCACUGACCAUACGGUAUAUGGUCCCGUUGUGUCUUGUCCUCUGUUGUGCCCAGGUGUACUUAAGUACUCGAGUGCCGCGUCACUCAAUGUACCAAGUACUCACACAACCCCGCCCCAGUGCCACUGAGUCAUGCAGAGGAGUUACUUUUAAGUAGUAUAAAAAACUCAGAUUUAAAUGAUAAGAAAAUACACAACAAAUUUCGACUUUGUGGAUUUGUAACCCUGUUAAUAAUGAUCGUCCUCGCUGUAGACGUUUCCAAAUUCGCCAAAUUUGUCUCAUUAUUUUUCAAGUUAUAUUUUUUAUGCUCUGCUGCAGACGCUCAUGUUUUUGUCACGCACAUUGUGUCAAUAACUGUACUGAGUAUUCAUCUCUCAGUAUUCUAUAAGGAUAAGUUGUUAUUUAAAGAAAAAUAGAAUUAGAUUUAAAAUUGAGUAGCUGUUUAGAGCAUUCUAUUUCAAAGUGAAUACACAGUUUCAGGAAAGAUGAGAUUCAAUGCCUAUUUUUCUCUAAAAAAAGAAUAGAUAUCGAAUCCCACUUAUUUACAAUAAGAAGGGGGUUGCAUAUUUUCUCUAAAAAAUGGUAUUCGUUUCCCCUUGUGUAAACAAGGCGAAGGAUUUAAUACCUUCUUCACCAAAGGUAAAAUAUUGGAUCCCCUUAAUACGAUGCGAGGUUGUCAGGGACAUUAAUACAUUGCAAGGCAUUGUAAGGCUCAUCUUUAAAUAGUAAAAUGUACUUUAUUGCAAGAAUGUGAUGGUUACUGACGCCUCAGCAAAAAACUUUGUACCCUCUACACACUGACAUGUUAAUUUUAGUUGUUACGUGUGAAUGUUGACCAUUGUAUAUACCUUGUAUAUUUUACAUAAGAUACCAAUAAAUGUUUCUUUCUAUAUAAA